AUGCACCUGCCGGGCUGCGCGCCAGCCAUGGCCGAGGGGAGCUUCUCGCUCGCUGGCCACCUGCUCCGCAGCCCAGGCGGUAGCACGUCGCGGCUGCACAGCAUCGAGGCCAUCCUGGGGUUUACCAAGGAUGAUGGGAUCCUAGGUACGUUCCCAGCAGAACGCGGUACCCGGGGCCCAAAGGAACGGGAUCCGAGACUGGGUGCACGGCCUGCCUGCCCUAAGGCUCCGGGAGGAGGCGCAGAACCGUCCCCACCGCCAGUCCCGGGGCUAGUGCCCGAGUACGAAGCUUCUCGCCCCUGCUGCCCCAAGGAGCCAGGAGAGGCACGGCCGAGCCCCGGGGUGUUGGUUGGACCAGCGACAGGCGACGCAAAGCUGUCGGAGGAGGAACAGCCCAAGAAGAAGCACCGACGGAACCGCACCACUUUCACCACGUACCAACUGCACGAACUGGAGCGAGCGUUCGAGAAGUCCCACUACCCUGACGUGUACAGCCGCGAAGAGCUGGCCGGCAAGGUCAACCUACCCGAGGUUCGGGUCCAGGUGUGGUUCCAGAACCGACGGGCCAAAUGGAGACGGCAGGAGAAGCUGGAAGUGUCCUCCAUGAAGUUGCAGGACUCGCCCCUCCUCUCCUUCAGUCGCUCCCCACCGUCGGCGGCUCUGGCCCCCCUCGGGCCUGGCCCAGGCAACGGUGGCGGACCUCCCGGGGGCGCCCUGCCGCUGGAGUCCUGGCUCGGGCCGCCGCUGUCCGGUGGGGGUGCCACGACCUUGCAGAGCCUGCCCGGCUUCGGGCCGCCAGCGCAGAGCCUGCCCACCAGCUACACGCCGCCGCCGCCGCCGCCGCCGCCGCCGCCGCCCUUCCUGAACUCCCAGUCGCUGGGCGCGGGCCUGCAACAGCUGGGGCCCCCGCCUCCCGCCUACCACUGCGGGCCCGGCUUCGGGGACAAGUUCUCGCUGGACGAGGCGGACCCGCGCAACAGCAGCAUCGCUGCCCUGCGUCUGAAGGCCAAGGAGCACAUCCAGGCCAUCGGGAAGCCCUGGUAG